AUGGGGAUGUACUCUCUGGCUAGCGAAUUGUCUACCUUCAAGAACCGAAGUGCAAUAAAGGUUAGAGUUAUUCGUAGCUACCUGGUACGGGAAAAGAAAGGUUCUUCUGACAUAAAGAGUCAAGAAUUGGUCUUACACGACCCAGAGGGAGCUGUCAUUCAUGCAACUAUACCAGCAAAGAUUGUUCCAAAGUUUAUCCACAGUUUUGUAGAAGGCAAAGUGUAUGGUAUCAAGAACUUUUACGUUGUUUCAAACUGGCAUACCUACAAGACUAGCAUGCACGAAUAUAUGAUGCAAUUCAAUCAUGAAACGAUUUUCAAAGAAUUGAGGUCAGAGAAUUUCCAUUGGUACAUGUACAGACUGAGGUCUUUUGAUAGUUUGAAAGGUAAUUCAGAAUUAAAUGAGAAAGAGCUCAUUGAUAUCAUUGGUCGGGUUGUUGAAGUUUAUGGACCUCAAGAAAAAAAUAUUGGUGGAAAUAAUGCUAGGCUCAUAGACUUUGUGCUUGAGGAUGCCCAUGGUAAAAAGUUAACCUGCACAUUUUGGGGCGACCACGUUUCCAAGAUUCAGCAUUUAUAUGAAGCUCCUUCCAAAGAUCUUGUGAUAGUUCUGAUACAAUUCUGUAGGAUAAAAAGAGGGCUCAAAGAUGGUGAGGUCAAAAUCUGCUCAUCUUAUGAUGUAACUCAAGUCCUUUUCAAUCUGGACUAUCCGGAAUUUAUCAACUUCAGGGAUAGUCUUACGGACAUAGGAUAUCAAACACCGAUGAGAAGUAUAGCUUCCCUGUCCAGUUUUAGUUUUACAAACACUAUGGAUGAAUCCAGCAGUAAGUCUAUGGAACUAAUCACCAUAAAUGAGAUCUAUGACAAUGAUAAGUAUGGAGAUUUCUGGGUUGCCACAAGGAUACAGGGUAUUGUUAAUCCGACUGAUUGGUUUUAUAGCUCCUGUAGGAAGCCUGGAUGCUACAAAAAACUUAAAAUUUCUGAAGGAGUCAAUAAGUGUUUCAAGUGUUUUCAGAUUUGGGAAAUUGGUAUUUUAAGGUAUAAGAUUACACUGCGUGUUGUGGACAUAAAGGGUAAUGCUUCAUUUUUACUAUGGGAUAGGGAGUGCCAGGAGUUGAUAGGAAUUCCAGCAACAGAGCUAUAUGAAAAGAGUAAUAAGACCAAUCAGCCAUUACAGCAGAUCACAGAGUUGGUAGGCAAGACUUUGUUGUUUCAGAUUACAACAAAGUCAGAUCACACAUCCCACCGUAACACUCCAUUUCCUGUGCUGAGGAUAAACAAUGACCCACAGGUUCUGAAAGAACAUUGUAGUCAAUUGCUGCAAUUGCAAGAUAAUGAAUGCAACUCUAACAUGCAAAUAAGUCUGGGUGAUGAUGAUUUUUUGGAGGGUAUUUUAAGUGAUGAAGCUGAAAGUCCCAUAGCAAGUAUGCCUCCUGUAGCUGUUGGUGAUGCAACUGAGGGACCUGUCAAGAGGUGCUUGCUAGAUCAAUUUUCAUCAACACAGAGUGGCAAGAAGCAUAAAGAGACCAAAGUGAAGUAUCUAGCAAGCAAGAGAACCGAGGAAAAACACUAUGGAUAUCAUAGGAGAUUGCAUCCAUGA